AUGGGAAGAGACAAUUCCACAUCUGGAGGAGGCUUCAUCUUGGUGGGCUUCUCAGAGCAGCCAGGGCUAGAGAGGAUCUUAUUUGUGUUCAUCUUGAUAUUCUACCUUCUAACCCUCAUGGGCAAUGUUACCAUCAUUCUGGUCUCACGCCUGGACCCCCAUCUCCACACCCCCAUGUAUUUCUUCCUCACUCAUCUCUCUUUUAUUGACCUCACUCUUGUGACCUGCAUCAGCCCUCAGAUGUUGUUCAACCUUCGGGGACCAGACAAAUCCAUAAGUUUUGUAGGAUGUGUGAUCCAGCUUCUCAUCACCCUGGGUCUCGGGGGCACUGAGUGUGUCCUUCUGGCCAUGAUGGCCUAUGAUCGCUAUGUUGCUAUCUGCCAGCCCUUGCAUUAUUUCACCCUCAUGCCUCCGCAGCUGUGCUGGGCACUGGCCAGCAUAUCCUGGUUUCUUGGUUUCAGCAACUCAUUGAUCCACACCCCUAUCACCAUGACCCUUCCCCGAUGUGGGCACCACCGGAUAAACCAUUUCUCUUGUGAGACACCCCCAAUGAUGCAGCUAGCCUGUGUGGACACCACAAAUUACAAGAAGGAGAUUAUGAUCCUAAGUAGCAUCAUCCUUGUCUUUCCUCUCUCACUGAUCUUGGUUUCUUAUGGGCGUAUUGCCCGUAGUGUGUUGACGAUACAGACGUCUGGGGGGAGACAGAAGGCCCUUGGGACCUGUGGCUCCCAUCUCACAGUGGUGUCUAUUUUCUACAGUACUCUCAUCUAUGUGUAUGUGAUUCCAAAGGCAAAGCUCUCUCAUGAUGUGACCAAGUUUUUGGCACUGCUAUAUAAUCUGAUUCCACCUUUGAUGAACCCAAUAAUCUACACUUUGAGAAACAGAAGUGUUAAAGAAGCAAUAAGGAAUCUGGUGAUGCAGAAACCAAAAGCUUUUGGGGCUCAUGGAUCCCACCUCUUGGUGGUUCUAUCUUUUUACGCCUCAGCCAUCUACACAUUCCUACAACUCAUGCACAGUGAUUCUGAGAGGAAGGGAAAUUUCAUUGCCCUUUUUUGUACUGUAAUUACCCCCAUGCUCAAUCCUCUGAUUUAUACCCUAAGGAACGCGGAUGUGAAGGUACUGGGGAAAGGCAGCCUUGGGGUAGGAGGGUUACGAAGACCUAUACAAUGGAAAAUGACCACCCAAUUAUAUCAGCAGGAGCACAUCCCAGACUCGGACAAUUUUAAGAGGACUCUGGAACUGCUGGGCAGACCCAAACGUUUCAUUUUGAAAUCAGAUCCCAUGCGAGGUGGCUAA